AUGUCGGUUAACAGGAAGAAGGAUAAGCCCAGCGUCGCUCGUUCCCUGAUCGCAGGAGGCUUCGCCGGCGCGACAGAAAUCGCGAUCACCUAUCCUGCCGAAUUCGCAAAGACCCGCUCGCAGCUCAACCGCCGUCUUGCGGAUGGCAAGAAACUACCAUGGCCGAAAUUCGGGCCCGAAUGGUAUGCAGGCUGCACAACAGCAAUCAUAGGAAACUCAGUCAAGGCAGGAGUCCGAUUCUGGUCAUUCGAUGCAUUCAAGCACGCACUUCAGGAUGAGGACGGGAAGAUAAGUGGGCCCAAAACCGUCCUCGCCGGUCUAGGAGCUGGUGCUACGGAGUCUCUUAUCGCGGUGACGCCCUUCGAGAGCAUCAAGACGCAAUUAAUCGAUGACCGUAAAUCUGGUAAACCAAGAAUGCGCGGAUUCCUUCAUGGAUCAGCAAUGAUUUUCCGCGAGAAGGGUUACCGCGGCUUCUUCCAGGGUCUUGUUCCAACGACUGCACGCCAGGCCGCGAACUCAGCGACGAGAUUCGGAUCCUAUACGACAUUGAAGCAGAUCGCGCAGGGUUAUGUUGCGCCGGGAGAGAAGCUGGGCCCAUUGUCAACUUUCGGGAUUGGGGCUACGGCUGGGUUGAUUACUGUUUACUGCACGCAACCUCUGGAUGUGGUCAAGACUAGAAUGCAAUCCAUAGAGGCACGUGCAGAGUACAGGAACAGUUUCCACUGUGCGUACCGGAUAUUUACUGAAGAAGGAAUCCGCGCCUUCUGGGCUGGGGCCUUACCCCGAUUAUCUAGACUUAUGAUAAGUGGUGGGUUGGUAUUUACGAUGUACGAGAAGACCAUGGAGUUAUUUGAUGUGGUAGACCCAAAGAGGAUCUAUAUUUAG